AUGACUCCGUCGCCGGGAAAAUAUUCGGCGCACGAGAAAGGGAAGGGGGUUCAGACUGCCGAUCGCUCUCCAACGAAGCCGUCGAUCGCGCCGAAGUUGAUGGGCUCCGCGAUUAGGGCCGGCCGUCUCGGUCGCAGCGAAGCGAUUGCUCCGGAUCUCGGCUUGGGCUGCGAGAUCGAAAGAAGAGAUCUGAGGACGAUUGGUACCGAGGGUGGUGUUCCGAUUCGAGAUGGUGCCGUCGAUGGGUCUGAUGACCGAUCGAUCGCAUGCGAUCCCGAGUUCGGCGAUCCGUGCCUGGAUCGUGCGGGGAGCGUCAGAGGUAAGGUUGAGUCCGCGAGGUGGAAUUGCCAGUGCAUGACUCAGUUUCGGCUGAAAAUCGACGGGUCAAUCGAGCAGCUUUUGGAUCUCCCUUCCGAGAACUUUCGCCCUUCGACUGUUGUGGGUUGUGAUUGGGAAGACGUCUUACCAACACUUUCUUCUUUUCGGUCAGUGUCAUCAUUGCUGAGGGGUUGUAAAGCGCACGGUGUAACUUUCAUGGUUCCUAGGGCCGAUCCACGUCCAUGGUCCGCUCCGGUUGGUUUUCAUUGCGUCUACGAGUCUUUCUUUGAGAAAGAUUCAAAGCUUUGGUUUCCGAUCCCUCGUUUGAUCACUUCUUACUAUCUUAGACGAGGUGUAGCGCUUACCCAACUAAUGACUGGGGCGAUCAGAAUCGCAGUGGCAUUAAUGGUGAUGGCGGCGGAAAUCGGUGUCGCGAUGUCUGAUCGUAUCUUCGAAGAACUUACGCAGGCUCAACCAAGGCCGAACGGUCUCUAUGCAGUGCAGAUGCGAUCAUGCGUUCGGAUCCUGACGGGUCAUCCUACACGGGCCCCGAAGGAUUGGCAGCGUUUCUAUUUUUUCGUUAAGGCGGAUGGGUUCGCCUUUGAAGAGAUCCCGAGUGAUGAUUUUCGCGUUUUGUGGGGUCGCGACUUUGUUGGUUAUCCAACCGACGAAGGAUCGUCUGAUACUUUCUGGGAGGACUUGUCGAAAAUCGUUGCACUUGGUCAGCAGGAGUGGGGGCACUUUGAUCAUAAGAGGAUCCGUCGUCAACGAAAACGGAUUGCUAAGUUUGAUUGGCCGUCGAACCUCCCUUGCACUAAAACUAAAGGAAAGAGGCUGAAACUUCCGAUGGGGCAAGUUCCGAAAGCAUAUCCAAGCUAUCGUGACAUUCUCCGAGCUCAACUAGAUGGUGAGAGUUUUGCUGCUGUGUCUGAGUCAGGGAGACAAGGCGACGAGGUAACUGAUCCGCCUUGCGUGGAGCCGGGUAUUACGACGAACGACGUUGCGGCGGACGGUUUGGGUGACGCGAGCGCUGAGGUUGAUCCAUCGAAGAAGAAGAAGAAAAAGACCAAGCAUUCCAAGAGAACUAAGAUCGGUUCGGGGAGUGAGACGGAGUUAGCCCGAUCGAUCGAUGGUUGCCCGACUGAUACGAGCCAUGCUGUUCUCGAGACAGCGCAAUCGGUGGGUCUUGAAACUUCAGCUAAGAGAGUCGAGUCGUCGGGAGUGAAGCGGAAGAGAUCGAUCGACGGGGACUCUUGCGAGGUUGGUGAGAAGAGGUUGGAGGACGAGGACCAUCGCUCAUCUCUUACUCCGCGAGCAAAGAUGCCGGGAGUUGCACACGUGAUGCCAGAGGUUUCUGAACUCGCGCUUUCGGAAAGAUUUCGCAGAUCGGCCCAAGCUGACAUUGAGGCGAUUAUCCGCAAGAAUAAACUCGUACUGGACUAUGAGCUGGCCCUUAGGAAGGCGGCCUUGGAUCUCGCUGAUGCUGAAGCGACGAUCGAAGUCAAGGAGGCGGAGAUCGAGAAACAUAAAGAAGACGCUCUUAACAAGUCCAGAGACAUUGUCGCCGAGCGGAGUCGUUACUACCGUGAACGCAAGCAAGCCGAAGAAACAGCUGCAGGUCUCGAGGAAGAGUUGGAGGACGCUCGGGCUAAGAUCGCUCGAUUGGAAGCAGAGAAGAGCGAAGAAGCUGGGAGAAUAAAGAGGACGAUGGAUCGCAUGAGGCAGAUGCAUCGCCGUGAACUUGUUUCCACGAAGAGCGGUAUCAGGGCUGUAGCGACAGAACGUUUCGACAGGUUCAGGAGGUACAUUGAAGAGCGAGAGAAACUUCUUCUUCACAGCCAGGCUGUGGGAUCGUUAGACAUGUUGGGUCUGUUAGGAGAAUGGGGAAUGCCUGUCCCAAAGAAGUUAGAGGAUAUCUCAGCCGCGAAUGAAGCGUUGUAUAAGAUAGAGCUAGAAAAGGCUGUUGUGGAAGAGAUUACGGAGCAUGAUCUCGUUCUUCCCACCUUCCCUGGUCUUGAUUCUUCACGCGGCUCGGAUCCGAACGUGGAUGAGUUUGGUUUCAACGUAGGCACCGUUGACCCAGCUGAUGUGCCUACUCUUCGAGCGUCCACUCUGAACCUUGGUGUCCAGUCUGACACUCCGUCGUCCGACACGCCACUAGAGACCGUUCGUGAGGCUCCUUUUGGGACGAUUCUGACCGACAAGCAGGAUGCCGUGAUCGUGGAUCCGAUGGAAGCGAGGAUCGUGGGGGAGACCAAUGUGCUUGCUUCGGACGUAACUGCUGAAGAUUAG